CCGUCGUCGGUGCUGCUGCUGUACUGUAGCUCUCUUGGCUUGGAGGCUCCCUGCCUGUUGUGGCCGUUGUGUUUUAUUAUUGAAAACCUAAAGCGAGAUUUAUUUCGGUGAUACCUCCUAGCCUUUGCUGCUAGAUUGUUGUCCGGGUGUGUUUUAUUUCCUAGAAGGAUUUCGGUACUUUUGAGUGCGUGCGUGCGCGUAUCGCGGAAUCCGGAGGUUGUUACGGUGUUGCGUUACGACGGGAUGCGGUUCUAUUGUGUUUUUCUACUGUCUUCUUCGGUGCGAUGAAGAGUGCAAUUUAGCAGCAGCGGUGAAUCAAAAUCCGGGAGUGUGGGAGUUUUUGUUGGAUACGGUGCAUAUCACACACGCUCAGUGUUCUUGUCGAGUCCCCCCAAGGCCUACUACUUUUGCAGCAACAACUGCAGCACAUACGCACAGAAUUCUGACUACUAGUAAAUCCUCAAUCGGGAAGUUAGGUAUCCUUCUAUCAGGGUGGACAACAUCGUUCGGUUUUUUUUGUUGGAAGUUCUGGAACGAGAAGGUGUCACAUAUCUCAAGUGUCAAUAGUGUGGAAUCGGGCGGAGAUAGUGUGAAGAGUAAUCGAAGAUAAACGAGCGUGAAACAAAGAGCUCGCAGUGUGUUGUUUUUCCUUCUACUGUCGGAUUCAGGAAGAACCUUCAAGCUCGGCUCUUAUCUGGGCAAAGCCUAGAGACACACGUACACCGUAAUUAUCGUAAUCUAUGGGACGGUUUCGCGAAAAAGGCGUUUCAUAAGGCGAUUGUUUCUUGCAAUCAGCGCAACACCACAAGGAAAGGCCCUUACAUCCUAGCCGAGGCAUCGCAGAAUCCGGUUGCGGAAGCGAGAGAGACGAAAUCGGUCCGCGAGAUUACAUCUCGAGACAUCUUGGCCGGUUCGGGAAUGCCAAACAGAGACGGAGUUUAGCAUCCUUUUUGCUACACUUCAUCGAUUCGAAUCCGCGCGUUCGAGUCCAGCCAUUGGAAGAGAAUCGCUUAGGAUCUAUCAAAAAAAGGUUUCACAAUCUGUAACGAUCGAACUUAACAACACAACACACAACUAAUCAGUCAGUAAUCAAAUUUCGGACCUCGGGCCGGAAGGGUUUUUGUGAAUCCGUUCGCGUUCAUUCGUCGUUUAUGGUCCCAUUUUACGACCCAGCAGCACAAAGUCAUCGACCUCAACUUUUGAGUCAGAGCCAGCCGCCGCCACCCGAAUUGUGGGUGAAGAAGAGUUUGUGAACAACAUUUUUGGCGGAGUUGCUGUUGUUUUUUUUUUGUGGGUGUUUGUUCCCAAUAGUGUGGGUUACAUUUUUUAUGCGGGUGAUCUUAUUGGUGUAUGUGUGCUUGGCAAAAAUUUAGCGGUAGUUCCAUUGUUCAUCCAUCGAUGUUUAUCAGCCUUUGCCUCUGUCUGUCUGUCCGUUGUUGAUGUUUUUCGCGUGUGCUCCGUUUGUAUAGGCUACCAUCAUCGUUCGAAGUAAGAAGCUAAAAAAGUGAACGAAAGCAAGUGAGAAAAAAAAAGAAGAAAAAUAGUGAUCAGCGCAGCUGAUUUGGUGAAGAAGCCCCUCGUCGGGCCGAAGAAAAAGCAAAAGAAGCGAGCUCACGGAAAAGCUUCAAAGAAAAUUCAAAAAAUUGAAAAGCGUGGAAAUUUCACUCGCUGUGAGUGUUGUUAUUGUUUUUUCCCCGACGUCCAAGUGGCGUUUUCGUUUGCGAGUGUAAAUUGUUUUGGAUCCAAAAGGUGACCGAAAAAGUUUAAUUUUCGUAACUAAACGGAGCCGAAUAUCCUACGGAAAGCAGACGACGACAAUAGGAGCAAAGCAGAAGCAAAAUCAGCGUAAAAAUGCGCGAAUUCAAGGUCGUUGUGCUGGGUUCCGGAGGGGUCGGCAAGUCGGCCCUCACCGUGCAGUUCGUGUCCGGUUGCUUCAUCGAGAAAUACGACCCAACGAUCGAGGAUUUCUACCGGAAAGAAAUUGAGGUGGACAACUCUCCCUGCGUGCUAGAAAUCCUGGACACAGCCGGAACGGAACAGUUUGCGUCGAUGCGGGAUCUGUACAUCAAAAAUGGGCACGGCUUCAUCGUCAUGUACUCGCUCACAAACCACCAGACGUUUCAGGACAUCUCCAGUAUGCGAAAUGUGAUCACCCGUGUGAAAGGUAGCCAGCCAGCACCAAUCCUCCUAGUCGCCAAUAAACUAGAUUUAGAAUGCCAAAGAGAGGUUUCGACAGACGAAGGAAACACCCUCGCCGAGCUGUGGGACUGCCCAUUUAUCGAGGCGUCCGCCAAGGAUCGGAUCAACGUGAACGAGGUGUUCGCGACCGUCGUCCGGGAGAUGAACAUGACCUCCGAGAAGCGCCAAAAGAAGAGCUACUGCUGUUGUACAUUGUUAUAGAAGGAAGGAAGAGGUUGUGAGUGAGCAGAAGGCAGGCAGAUUCAGUGUAACGAAACUUUAGGAAAGGGAAAAAGUUUAAAACAGCUAAAAUGUUUCAAAGAACAAAAAAAAUUGAUGAAAAACCUGCAGCAGUUUUGAAUGUUUGUGCGUCAAUCAGUCAGCAAUGGCGAGUGUUGUAAGCGAGAGAGUGAGAGAGAGCUUAAUAUUAAAAAGAGAUAGAGCGUGAUCAUAAGUGUGCACGAGUAUCGUGUUUAAAGUAAAUGUGUAUACUUUUCAUUAAGGAUUAUUUGUUCAACUUUUUUUAACAUUACUGAAACAGACACACACAACAUUAGAAACGAGAAAAUAGAAAAUACAAAAUUAAGCAAAAAUAAAGCGUUAUCCUUUCCCGAGAAUUAAAGCAAACAAAAAAACAAGCUACAGUUGUUGUAUGUUCGUCGUAAGCCUAACUUAAGGGCACUCAAUUCCAAACGUUUUAAACUGCGAAACAUCCGUUGUGAGUUGUGUAAUCCAAUGCUAUAAAUAUAAUUAAUUAAUUAAUUAAUUAGUCGAGAGGAAGAAUGAAACAGGUAGACGAAAUAAGCAAACAUUUCAAGUCAGCCGACGAUAAGCUCAACCAAAUUUGGCCAGAAUGGACGAUGUUUUUCUUCCCUUCCCCCCCGAAACUUGUAGGAGAAAUACAGAAAAAAAUGAAAAAGAGACUCAAAAAGCUUUGAAGCGAACGCGGAACAGAUUAUUCCAACCGACUUUCGGUGCCGAAAGUUGCGCGGACUCGAGCGAAAGGAAAAAUUGGAACUUAUAUACAUAUUAUAAAUGUAAUGAUAAUAAUUAAAAAAAAAGAAAUGGUACAUUUAACUCUACACCGAAAAUUUGCGAUGGACACUUUGUCGAGUGUAGAAUUCAAAUUAGCGAGCACUGACCGAACGAACGUGAACUGCGAGGACAAAUUUUUAAAAGUUGAGUAAUCCGGAACGAUUGAGGGUGUAUACAAUAAUGUAGUAAGAGAGGAAGGAGAGAAACAAAAAAAAAACACAAGGCGAGUGCAAAAGGAUAAUUAACUAAGGGAAAAAUGUAAAAGAGAUGAGUAGGAAGUCCACAAGCGUCAGUCUGUGUAAACGAAAAAAUAAGUUAAGCGUAGGAGCAAAUAAAAAACGGAAAUACACUGUUUAGGGUAUAUUUUUAGCAAAGAUAUGUAGAAGGAAAACUUGUUUUCCAAUUAGUCAGAAUCAAUUUCUUUCAGGUAAAGAUUGAGAGAUAGACUUGGUCGCUUAUUGUAAUGCUAAACUUCUGUAAUAUCCGUAAACUUCUUGUUUUCAUCCUUUCCUAGCAUAAUUUGCCGAAAAAAAGAAAAAAAAACCAAGUGGAAUCGAUCGAUUACUGUACCAUUUAGUUGUUAUGUAAGUUUAGAUAAUCUAUAACUUUUGAAAGCUCUGUUUUCCAGCAAGAAUAAUCUACAAAUCAAAAUUCGGCUCAUCCGAAGUACAGUCAGUGAACGUUAUUCAAUCUUCAUUUAACCCGUUCUAACGGAUAGCGUUUUUCUUUGUUAAUUUUUGUAAAAUAUUAUCUUCAGUUCCGAAAUAUACAAAACAAAAACUCCUACUAUUUUCCAAAGCAAACUCGAGCAAACUGAUGAGAUUUGAGAAUGAAAACCAUACAUAUUGGUAGCAAACCACAUAUUCACGCAGAAUGCGAACGAAAACAAAUGAAAAACAAAAAGAUAUUUGCGCAGCAACUACACAAUUUGAAAAAGAAAACUAAAAAAUAUCGACAAUGGUCCUACAAUGAAGAGAACAGGAAGGAGAAAAAAAAACUGUGUAAAGUAGCAAAAGUGGAUAUACAAAACAAAAAAUAAUAAAUUUACUAGGUGUACACUAAAAAAACAAAGGGAAAAUUGCAUAGGAAGCAAAACAAGAAAAAAACCAACCUAUUUUUAUCGAUUAACUUCUUUUGUAUACAACCAACAAAACUCAAAAAUCAACAGUCAGCAAAAAAAAACAAUUGAACAACAAAAAACAGUAACUUGUACUACGUAACACACCCACAUUGAAACAAACAGGUUAAAAUUUAAAAAAAAAAACUAGAAACCGAAACCACAGAACCGAAGCAAAACAAGUGAAACCAAAAUUCAAAUCAAACUGGAAAACUAGAAGAGAGUGAUUCAAAUCUUAAAACCAAGCGGGAGCGUAGAUUUCGAGAAAAAAAACUCUUGCUCCAACAACAUUUCCAAAACUAGUGAAAGCCGAGAGAGCGAAACAGAAACAGAAUUGAGUUGGAAAACGCGCGGAUAGGAGGGUGAAAGGAAUGAGGAACCCACAAUGUGUAAUAAAUAAAAAAAAUAAAUUUAAAAAAAACAAACGGUGGAAAACUGAAAAUAAAAAUUAAA